CGGCGGAGGGAUCCACGGCGGAGGCGGCUACGGCCGUAGCCGCUGCCUGAGAGUUGUUGUUUCCUCCUCCUCCUCCUCCGCCUCCGCCGCCGUUGCUUGAAUGGUGGAGCCGAGGCUCGGCUCGUGAACACACACUGACAGCUAUAGGGCAGGCGGCGGCACCAUCCCCGCUUCCCCUCGGCGGCGGGGUGUCCCGCCGGCGGCCCCGAAGUGACCCAUAAACAUGUCUUGUGAGAGGAAAGGCCUCUCGGAGCUGCGAUCGGAGCUCUACUUCCUCAUCGCCCGGUUCUUGGAAGAUGGACCUUGUCAGCAGGCGGCUCAGGUGCUGAUCCGCGAGGUGGCCGAGAAGGAGCUGCUGCCCCGGCGCACCGACUGGACCGGGAAGGAGCAUCCCAGGACCUACCAGAAUCUGGUGAAGUAUUACAGACAUCUAGCACCUGAUCACUUGCUGCAAAUAUGUCAUCGACUAGGACCACUUCUUGAACAAGAAAUUCCUCAAAGUGUUCCUGGAGUACAAACUUUAUUAGGAGCUGGAAGACAGUCCUUGCUACGUACAAAUAAAAGCUGCAAGCAUGUUGUAUGGAAAGGAUCUGCUCUGGCUGCAUUGCAUUGUGGAAGACCACCUGAGUCACCAAUUAACUAUGGUAGCCCACCCAGCAUUGCGGAUACACUGUUUUCAAGGAAGCUGAAUGGGAAAUAUAGACUUGAGCGACUUGUUCCAACUGCAGUAUAUCAGCACAUGAAGAUGCAUAAACGAAUUCUUGGACACUUGUCAUCUGUGUACUGUGUAACUUUUGACCGUACUGGCAGACGUAUAUUUACUGGUUCUGAUGAUUGCCUUGUGAAAAUCUGGGCAACAGAUGAUGGGAGAUUAUUAGCUACUUUAAGAGGACAUGCUGCUGAAAUAUCAGACAUGGCUGUAAACUAUGAGAAUACCAUGAUAGCAGCUGGAAGUUGUGAUAAAAUGAUCCGAGUCUGGUGUCUUCGAACCUGUGCACCUUUGGCAGUUCUUCAGGGUCACAGUGCAUCUAUUACAUCACUACAGUUCUCACCAUUGUGCAGUGGCUCAAAGAGAUAUUUAUCUUCUACUGGGGCAGAUGGCACUAUUUGUUUUUGGCUCUGGGAUGCUGGAACUCUUAAAAUAAACCCAAGACCUGCAAAAUUUACAGAGCGUCCUCGACCUGGAGUUCAAAUGAUCUGUUCUUCUUUUAGUGCUGGUGGAAUGUUUCUGGCCACAGGGAGCACAGAUCAUAUUAUUAGAGUUUAUUUUUUUGGAUCAGGUCAGCCAGAGAAAAUAUCAGAAUUGGAGUUUCAUACUGACAAAGUUGACAGUAUCCAGUUUUCCAACACUAGUAACAGGUUUGUAAGUGGUAGUCGGGAUGGGACAGCACGUAUUUGGCAGUUUAAACGAAGAGAAUGGAAGAGCAUUUUGUUGGAUAUGGCAACUCGUCCAGCAGGCCAAAAUCUUCAAGGAAUAGAAGAUAAAAUCACAAAAAUGAAAGUAACUAUGGUUGCUUGGGAUCGACAUGACAAUACAGUUAUAACUGCAGUUAAUAAUAUGACUCUGAAAGUUUGGAAUUCUUACACUGGUCAACUUAUCCAUGUCCUGAUGGGUCAUGAAGAUGAGGUAUUUGUUCUUGAGCCACAUCCAUUUGAUCCUAGAGUUCUCUUUUCUGCUGGUCAUGACGGAAAUGUGAUAGUGUGGGAUCUAGCAAGAGGAGUCAAAAUUCGAUCUUAUUUCAAUAUGAUUGAAGGCCAAGGACAUGGUGCAGUAUUUGACUGCAAAUGCUCUCCUGAUGGUCAGCAUUUUGCAUGCACAGACUCUCACGGACAUCUUUUAAUUUUUGGCUUUGGGUCCAGUAGCAAAUAUGACAAGAUUGCAGAUCAGAUGUUCUUUCAUAGUGAUUAUCGGCCUCUUAUCCGUGAUGCCAACAAUUUUGUAUUAGAUGAACAGACUCAGCAGGCACCCCAUCUCAUGCCUCCACCAUUUUUGGUUGAUGUUGAUGGUAACCCUCAUCCAUCAAGAUAUCAAAGAUUAGUUCCUGGUCGUGAAAACUGCAGAGAGGAGCAACUCAUCCCGCAGAUGGGGGUCACUUCCUCAGGAUUAAACCAAGUUUUAAGUCAGCAAGCAAACCAGGAAAUCAGUCCCCUGGACAGCAUGAUUCAAAGACUACAACAAGAACAAGACCUCAGACGUUCUGGUGAAGCAGGUAUUGGUAACACCAGUCGCUUGAGUAGAGGAUCUGUAAGUUCUACCUCAGAGGUACAUUCACCACCAAAUGUAGGACUAAGACGUAGUGGACAAAUUGAAGGUGUACGGCAAAUGCAUAGCAAUGCACCAAGGAGUGAGAUAGCCACAGAGCGGGAUCUUGUAGCAUGGAGUCGAAGGGUGGUAGUACCUGAGCUGUCAGCUGGUGUAGCCAGUCGGCAGGAAGAAUGGCGAACUGCAAAGGGAGAAGAAGAAAUAAAGACUUAUAGGUCAGAAGAAAAAAGGAAACACUUAACUGUUGCAAAAGAGAAUAAAAUACUUAGUGUUUCAAAGAAUCAUGCUCAUGAGCAUCUCCUGGAUCUUGGGGAAUCCAAAAAGCAACAAGCAAAUCAACAUAAUUAUCGUACAAGAUCUGCACUGGAAGAGACUCCUAGACCAUUGGAGGAGAUAGAAAAUGGCACUAGUUCUUCAGAUGAAGGUGAAGUGGUUGCUGUCAGUGGUGGAACUUCUGAAGAAGAAGAGAGAGCAUGGCACAGUGAUGGCAGUUCUAGUGACUACUCCAGUGAUUAUUCUGACUGGACAGCAGAUGCAGGAAUUAAUUUACAACCACCAAAGAAAGUUCCCAAGCAUAAAACCAAGAAAGCAGAAAGCAGUUCAGAUGAUGAAGAGGAAUCAGAAAAACAGAAGCAAAAACAUAUUAAAAAGGAAAAGAAAAAAGUAAAUGAAGAAAAAGAUGGAGCAACAUCACCAAAGAAAAAGAAACCCAAAGAAAGAAAACAAAAGAGAUUGGCUGUGGGAGAACUAACUGAAAAUGGUUUGACAUUAGAAGAAUGGUUACCAUCAACAUGGAUUACGGAUACUAUUCCCCGAAGAUGUCCAUUUGUGCCACAGAUGGGUGAUGAGGUUUAUUAUUUCCGACAAGGACAUGAAGCAUAUGUUGAAAUGGCCCGGAAAAAUAAAAUUUAUAGUAUCAAUCCUAAAAAACAACCAUGGCAUAAAAUGGAACUACGGGAACAAGAACUGAUGAAAAUAGUUGGCAUAAAAUAUGAAGUGGGAUUACCUACCCUUUGCUGCCUUAAACUUGCUUUUCUGGAUCCUGAUACUGGUAAACUGACUGGUGGAUCAUUUACCAUGAAAUACCACGAUAUGCCUGAUGUUAUAGAUUUCCUAGUCUUGAGACAACAAUUUGAUGAUGCCAAAUAUAGGCGGUGGAACAUAGGUGACCGUUUCAGAUCAGUCAUAGAUGAUGCUUGGUGGUUUGGAACAAUUGAAAGCCAGGAACCUCUUCAGCCUGAGUACCCUGAUAGUUUAUUUCAGUGCUAUAAUGUUUGCUGGGACAAUGGAGAUACAGAAAAGAUGAGUCCUUGGGAUAUGGAGCUUAUACCUAAUAAUGCUGUAUUUCCAGAAGAACUAGGUACCAGUGUUCCCUUAACUGAUGUUGAAUGCAGAUCAUUAAUCUAUAAACCUCUUGAUGGAGAAUGGGGUACCAAUCCCAGGGAUGAAGAAUGUGAAAGAAUUGUUGCAGGAAUAAACCAGUUGAUGACACUAGAUAUUGCUUCAGCAUUUGUGGCCCCUGUGGAUCUGCAAGCUUAUCCCAUGUACUGCACUGUAGUGGCAUAUCCAACGGAUCUAAGUACAAUUAAACAAAGACUGGAAAACAGGUUUUACAGGCGAGUUUCUUCCCUGAUGUGGGAAGUUCGAUAUAUAGAGCAUAACACUCGAACAUUUAAUGAGCCGGGAAGCCCAAUUGUGAAAUCUGCCAAAUUUGUGACUGAUCUUCUUCUACAUUUUGUAAAGGAUCAAACUUGUUAUAACAUAAUUCCACUUUAUAAUUCAAUGAAGAAGAAGGUUUUGUCUGACUCUGAGGAAGAAGAGAAAGAUGCUGAUGUGCCAGGAACUUCUACCCGAAAAAGGAAGGACCAUCAGCCUAGAAGAAGAUUACGUAACAGAGCUCAGUCUUAUGAUAUUCAAGCAUGGAAGAAACAAUGUCAGGAAUUGUUAAAUCUCAUAUUUCAGUGUGAAGAUUCAGAGCCUUUUAGACAGCCAGUAGAUCUCCUUGAAUAUCCAGACUACAGGGACAUCAUCGACACUCCAAUGGAUUUUGCUACUGUUAGAGAAACCUUAGAAGCUGGGAAUUAUGAGUCACCAAUGGAGUUAUGUAAAGAUGUCAGACUUAUUUUUAGUAAUUCCAAAGCAUAUACACCAAGCAAAAGAUCAAGGAUUUACAGCAUGAGUUUGCGCCUAUCUGCUUUCUUUGAAGAACAUAUUAGUUCAGUUUUAUCAGAUUAUAAAUCUGCUCUGCGUUUUCAUAAAAGAAAUACUAUAACCAAGAGGAGGAAGAAAAGAAACAGAAGUAGUUCUAUUUCCAGUAGUGCUGCAUCAAGCCCUGAAAGGAAGAAAAGGAUUGUAAAACCCCAGUUAAAGUCAGAAAUCUCUACCUCUCCAUUCUCUACACCUACACGAUCAGUACCACCAAGGCAUAAUGCUGCUCAGAUAAAUGGUAAAACAGAAUCCAGUUCUGUGGUUCGAACCAGAAGCAACCGAGUAAUUAUAGAUCCAGUUAUCACUACUGAGCAACCAUCUACUUCAUCAGCUGCAAAGAAUUUUAUUCCAAAAGCUAAUACAUCUGCAGUGCCAGGGAAAACAAUACUAGAAAAUUCUGUGAAACAGUCCAAAACCUUGAAUACUCUUUCGAGUCCUGGUCAGUCCACUUUUAGUCCUGGCACUAGGAAUAAUACUGCAAAAGAAAACUUGGAAAGGGAAAAACCCGUCAAACGUAAAAUGAAAUCAUCUGUACUCUCAAAGGCAUCCACUCUUUCAAAGUCAUCAUCUGUCACUGAGCAAGGAGAUUGUAAGAACAAUGCUCUCGUACCAGGAACCAUUCAAGUAAAUGGCCAUGGAGGACAGCCAUCAAAACUUGUGAAGAGGGGACCUGGAAGGAAACCUAAGGUAGAAGUUAAUACCAAUAGUGGUGAAAUUAUACACAAGAAAAGGGGUAGAAAGCCCAAAAAGCUACAGUACGCAAAGGCAGAAAAUUCAGAGCAAAAUAACAUGCAUCCCAUCAGAGAUGAAGUGGUUCCUUCUUCAACAUGCAAUUUUCUUUCUGAAAGUAAUAUGGUUAAGGAGGAUUUGUUACAGAAAAAGAGUCGUGGAGGCAGAAAACCCAAAAGGAAGAUGAAAACACAAAAACUAGAUUCAGAUCUUAUAGUUCCUGCAAAUGUUAAAAUGCUAAGGAGAAGUAACCGAAAAAAGACUGAUGAUCCUGUUAUAGAUGAAGAAGAAGAGUUUGAAGAGCUCAAAAGCUCUGAACCCCACAUGAGAACUAGAAACCAAGGUCGAAGGACAGCUUUCUAUAAUGAGGAUGACUCGGAAGAGGAGCAAAGGCAGCUGUUGUUUGAAGACACCUCUUUGACUUUUGGAACUUCUAGUAGAGGACGAGUCCGAAAGUUGACUGAAAAAGCAAAAGCAAAUUUAAUUGGUUGGUAACUUGAACCAAAAUAUUUUACUUCAAAAUCUAUAAAACAGGUACAGUUAAGGAAUAAGUAGAGCUAACACUUCUACUUCCUUGCUGCUAUGGUGGAUUAGGGAAUGUUAUGAUUUGACUUGCAAAAAAAAAAAUCUUAGAAGACACUUCACUUCUUUAAAUGAAUAUAUAUAUAUAUAAAUAUAUACAUAUAUAUUUUAAAUGUUUGCUAUUUAUUGCCCUUAGAUAGGUUAUACAUUUCCAUAUUCAUUUCAUUCACUGUUUGAAACAUAAGAAAUUGAGGACCUAUAAUGAAUUCCUGAUUUAUUUAUGAAAGAGACAGCUCUGCUACACUCUUAAGGAGCAUAAUACUCCCAAUGAUAGAACAUUUCAUAUUAAAAUGAAUUAUUUUUGAUCAAGCAAGAUACAUUUUUUUCUUGAUACAGAGGUCAUGCCCCUAGGAAGACAGAUAUUACAUAGAGUAGCAGUAAAUUUAAGGAAUGUGUUUCCUCUAAAGAUAAAAUUCCUACCAUUUGAUUCCCUAAAAAGUUUAAUUUUAGUUACAGAAUGUUCAUCUACAAAAUAUCUAGAGAAGGCUUUUGCUUUAUUCCAUUUCUGCCAAACUCAAAAUGUGCUGAUGAAAAGGAAACAUAUCCACAUUGGAAAACAUUUGACUGUCUAAUUUUUCAGACCUUGAUUCUUAUAUCAGUCUCUCAAUCUCUGUUUAUUGUGCCAAAGACUGAGAAUCAGUGCAGUGGAAAGCCUGUUUUUUGACUGUCAGGACAGCAUACACUUUUCAAUAUUGGAAAGGAUAUAUAUUCUAAAGAGCAAGUUAUUAAAGAGUUAUGCUGAGAUAUAUUCUUUUUUUGGUACUAAUAGUAGAAAAUAAUGCACUGGUGGGUCCUUUGACAGAGAUGUCUUAGAGAAAUGUUUUAAGUGGUUAAAGGAUUCAAGGAAGAUACAGGAAAAAAGGUAUGGGAUUUGAUGUUUACUUGUUGAUCUGGAUUAAUGUCAUUUCUAAACUUUAGACAUAUCUGAUAGGCUAAAAUGACUUACAAAGAAAUGUGUCUGUGUGUGUAUGUGUAUAUAUUGAUAAAUGGGUAUAAUUAAAUAUAUAUACAAACACAUACUUAUAUACUAUUACCCAGGUAUAAAUUCCUUUUUUCAGGAUUUUUUAGAUAGUGGUAGAAUAAAAAUAAUUUUAAAAUGUCAUACUUUAUAGUUUAAUUUUAAGGGGAAGAUUGGUUAUUUUCAAUUAUUAAAGGUUAAAAUAGGCCAAAUCACUUUUUAUGCAAUCAUGUUUUAUACAGUGGUCUCAUUGCACAUUGUGUUUUUUCUGCACUUUUUACGGUAUCCUUAUCACGCUGGUAUGUCAAUAUACACCCUAAAGAAAAACUCCAUUUAAUGAUUGUGCCUUGUAUUCUAUUAUUUUUUGCAUCAUUAGUAAAAUUAAGUUGUCUAUUGUAAAUGAUAACUAUAUGACUUAGGAGAAUGUAUUACUAUAUGUACUGCUAUGGAAAAGGAAAGCAGUUAUUUAUUUGUUUAUGGUACAGUUACUUAUUUUAUACCUUAAAAACCAACAUAAAUACCAUUUCUAUUGUUUAAAAAUGAUUGUCCAUUUUUUAAAAAGUUUAAAGAAUGUAGUAUUUUCUGAGGACUGAUAUGGUACAAAAAUGUAACCAAAAUUUUCAAAUACUACAUUUUUAAAAAGCAAGGAUUGGAAAAAUAUGUAUCAGCAUGACCCUAAUAUAGAAAAAUAAAGUCUUUAAUUGAACCUUGGCAAAAUAUAUAAUAAUUAUUCUUUACUUAUUUCCGAUAAGUUAAAUGUUAACUGUCAUUUGACUGUCUUGAAGAAGAAUGAAAAGUGAUGCAUUUUGGCUUUUUAGAUCAUUUGUAACGAAAUUUGUACAGAAAUCCUCCUGUGAAAUUAAGUAAACCAUUUUCCAGAUCUUGACUGGAUUGCUGUGAUUUUGCAGUUGAAUAAUAAUUUCAAAUUUUUCAGGUUUUUUGUAUAUUUAUUUUUUUCUAACAGAUAUAUUUAACUAUAUAAUUGAAAUUCAGUAGUUAAACUCUUCAUAAUGCAGAAAUGGAUGGCUUGGUUAUAUAGAAAAAUGAAUCUUUCAGUUACACCAUUAUUGAAAUUGUAUGUUUGAAAUUUAAGGCGUUAAAAUAAUUAGUUGUUUUUGAAGGCAAUCUAUUUGAAAAUAUAAUUUCCUGAUGUUAUCUGCAUUGUGUUAUAAAAAAAGGAUAGACUAUAAAAUCCAUUUUUGUAAAAAAAAAAAUGUGUAUAGUUUUGAGGUGUGUAUAGAAAAAGAAACAGUGCACACAGUCUUAGAGUACCUCUAUAUAGUGUAUGGAUUAGCUCCAACUCUUGAGCAGAAAAAUGAGUAUUUGCCAUCUUUCCUAUAACAAGUAAAUGUAUUGUACCUAUUCUAAAGAUACUGUAUAUUUGACCAUAUUUGGACAUUUUCAUACACUGGUUUCUUAGUAAAGCAAAAUGACUUGGAUCAGAUUAUUUGUAACAGAAACACUUAAAAUGUAUUGGUAAUACCAGAUAUAUUUAUAUUUUUAUAAUUUAGAUUCUAUACAUUGCAAAAAUUGAAUUAAGAAAUUUAAGUCAUUGCCAUGUUUUUGUUUUGUUUUACCACUUGGAAAAAUACCCUCUUUAAGACAGUAAAGUUAUGUAUGUACUGUUAAUAAGCCAGAAUGAAACAUUAGCAUUUGUCUUAUAGGUGAGCAAUAUAAAAAUCUCAAGUUCGCUGCAAGUUUCUGAAAUAUAACUUGUUACAUGCAUGGAAUGUGGAAAUUAAUUUACAUGUUGAUGAAUACCCAAGCCUAAAUGUUCUCUCUUCCCUAAUAUUCUCAAGCCCCAGAUGAAUCUUACAAAAUUUGAAUGUGACCACUGAGUAGUUUUAAAUAUUCAAUCCAAUGAUAGUCUUAUAACCUUUGGCAAUGGAUAUUUAGCAUCUUAAAUUUUAUUAUUUGCAAUCUGCUAUUAUAGCAUUGAACCAUUUUUUGUAUAUAUUUAUGAAUUAAAUGAGGCCUUAUUUUCAUUAUUUUUAUUGCCCAACUUCACUGCAGGCUGGUGGCAUUAUUACAAAACUGUCUUUCCUCCUUAAGUUUAAUUAGAAAAAUCAUAGAAUAUGUGUGAGCUUGUUUAGGUCACAUCUGAGACAUAGAAUUGACUGAAUUAAGUAUCACCUGGAAAUGAAUUAAGUUUAAGAAAUGGUGAGCAGAGAAAAGAUCCUCAUACAGCACGUAUGUUAAUAUCUAAAACUGUCCCUUAUCUGCAGUGUAGCAAAUUAUCUAACAAGUAUAUUGAAAUGACAUUUUAUCGUUUGAUAUUAGCAUUUACCUGUUACAAAGUAUUAUUCAUAAUGUAGUUUCUUCAGUUAGAAGUAUUACUUUAAUUUUGACAUUCCAUUGUAUUCAUUGAUGCCUAUAUAUUUUUCUCAAGUAUAAUCUGGAAAUAAUUUUGAUUUUCAGUUUUCUAUCUAAAGAAAACAUUAUUCUGAAGGUUUUUAUUGACUGCAAUUUAUUUUUGAGUAUGUUGAAAGGACCAAGAUACUUGAGUGAUUAAAGGGCUAUAAAUGUUCACCUUAAAUGCAGGAGGUGUAUGAUUUUAAAAGUUAUAAUAGAGGAAUUACUUUAUCUUCUGUGGAUUACAGGUCCCAAUUUACAUAGAAAAUGUUUCUAACAUAACAGGUUAGGCAGUUUAGUUUUAUUUAGGUAAGAAUUUAUCUUCCUAUUAAAGUUGGAAAAAUAUACCUUUCCUUACUUCCAUCUUUGCACUUCUGCUUACUUUCCCUGUUUCCAAGUGAUUUGCGCUAAAUUAUUAUUACAUUUACUAAGAAACUAUUUUCUUAACUAGCAAAGCACUCCAAAAGAAAAGUCAUUUUGAACUGUGUACAGUACCCAGGAAGAGGUCAUUGAGUCAGAAGACUGUAAGUACCACUUUGAGCACUCCAGCGAUAAAUCUUAUACACACUACAAUAAAAGUGAGUAGAAAAUCUGAGCUAUAAAUAUAUAUUUUUAGUUUUGAUAGGUGUUUUGGAAUACUUUUUUAAUGCAGAUAAAAUUAUCAGGAAAUUAACCUUAUGGCACAAACCAAAUACAUAAUAUUGUGUGACUGAGUUUCUACAUUCAAGGAGAUAAGAAAAUAGGUUCAAGAUGGUAUGUAGUACACAAGCGUAUAAAGCAGAUGCAUACAAAUGCAUACACAUACUGGUUACUCUUAAGAAUGUGUGUUUAUUUAUCACAAUGAUAGACUGUAAAAUGAGACAAAAUAAAGUUACAUUUUUGGACCAUAUUAAAACUGCAAGAAGACAGGUCUUAUAAAAAAUAUCUUUUAGAAAACUGUUUAAUCCUGUCACAGGAUAUUUAGACAUGUGUAGAAUGUAGCUCAAUUUUUAAAAAGUAACUGACCUAGAGGGUUAAGGUUGAAACUGACACAUUUUCAAAUUAAAAUUAUGCUUAUUUUGUACAGAAAACAAUGUUAAACACAAGCAAAUCCGUUGUAUGUAAUAAGUAACAGAGUUAAAAACAAAUUAUUAUUUAGCUUUAUUGAGGUUUUUGGGUUUUUUUCCUUCCAGACCUGGAGUAUCAUGUUAUAAACAGCAGUCUCACACCACAAUAGCAGUGCCCUUUCUUUUUGUACAUAUUGAUUGGAACUUUCUUUACUGUUACGUGGACACUUUCUAUGUUAGUUUUGAUGCAUAAUUCUUUGAAUCCUUUUAUACAAACUAGAAUGUAUGUGUAAGAAUUCCUGUCCCUGCAAUGUAGUAACUAUAAACUUAUUUUUAAAUAAAUAGAAAACUUGUUUUUCUAA